AGUCUAGGACUAUGCAAUUGUGAACUACCAAAAUUCACAACAAAGAACGAUUUUUACAUCAGCUACCUAUCCAAAUGGCAAUGGUGGGCAGGAUCUCCAAAGGUAUGGAGGAGAUGAGCACUUUUAUGCACUUGCAACCAGGAAUUUUGCCGAUGCGUCUUUAAUUAUCAAUGCCUCGCUGACUGGCCCAAACCGCGUCCCCGUAAACUCAGAACACAUCAUUGAGCGGCAGACAAUACGUGAAUUCAUGUCCUUCAUUCAGGAACCCUAUUUGGAUCUUGAAGAUGGACAAGGGUUACAAACUGUACCUGCUGACCUCGGAAGUGUUUCAUUCGAUGUUAUCAAUGACUUCAUAAAUAUCCCGUAUAGUCAAUGGGCAGGCCUGAAUGGGCAAAAUGGGAAUACCAACUCCCUUUUCCAGAAUCUCGCAAUUCCCUGGGUUCAAAUUCAAAUCCCGGUGUCAUGCCAAAUCUACAGGCGUCCUUGAGUAGGGUGAGAGCAAGAAUUUGGAAUUCUAGAGUAAAUGCUACUCCUAACGAAAACUUUACUUCAUUGGCCAACAACCCGAAAAUCCAAAACACACAAAGAGCCCUCAGCCUGAUACUUUCAGUGAGUGACCAAAAAUAUUCCCCUAUCAGUAUUUUGACGUAUGGAAUAUGUACUAAGCUAAAUCAAUCCACGAUUUAGGGAAUGGCUGUUUUCAACUACUUUAAUGAUCCAACCAUACAAAAUCUCAUGUGACAGAUUCAUCAAGAUAUUCACACAAGCUUGACGGAAUUUGACACCCUGUACAACUCACUCGCUCCAGCUCAAACCGUACAUACGGCGGAUCUCUGGACUGAGUUCAUAAAUUCUGGGCGGUACGAGUAACCAACCACUUUUACAACUAUCUGACCAGGCAAGUAAAUGACAGGAUAGCUCAAUUGAAGGCUGGCUGGGAAGCAGUAUUGGCUGCCGAUCCAUCGAAGAGACAGGAAUAAAUCGCUAAUGCCGCGCUUGAAAAGAUCACUGAACUAAAUGAUGAAAUCGAGACAGCAGUGCGCUUCGAAAGAGCUCCAUUCAACUCUUAACUGGACAUCAAAACUUGCUGGGGCACUUUUGUUC